CGAUGAAUAUGUAUCAGUGUCACACUGAUGACGUGUACGUACGGGUCCUUCUGACUUCCGGGUCUGGAUAAAUAGACUGCAACGGAGCCGCCUCACCUAAAAUAUGUCUAAAGUAACGUUUAAAAUCACCCUGACGUCGGAUCCCCGGCUGCCAUACAAAGUAUUAAGUGUCCCAGAAAGCACACCUUUCACAGCGGUUUUAAAGUUUGCAGCUGAAGAGUUCAAAGUGCCAUCAGCAACCAGUGCCAUUAUAACAAAUGAUGGAAUAGGAAUCAACCCUGCCCAGACCGCAGGGAACGUGUUUCUAAAGCACGGCUCGGAGCUCCGCAUCAUUCCCAGAGACAGAGUGGGAGGACAAGGAGACUGACUUGUGCAGCAUUUCCCUGUCGAUGGCAUAAUGACUCACACCACAGAUACACACUUACGACCCAGGAAACACCGCAGCAUGUUUCAUAUUUAUUUUUUAAGCCCACACGACUGACAGUGACUCACAUGAGAAUAUGCAUAUUUGAAGUUGCCGGUGACACACAAGAGAUGAGAUGUUAUCAAGCAGGAGCUGAGGUUUGGAGUAACGACGAGAGGAAUGACCUGAAAUGCUGAGUAAUAAUUCUAAGCAAGGCAGAUUUAGAGUAACUUUUGUAUUAUUUCACACACUCAACAAUCAAUACAUAAACAUAAUAUCUUUUUUUUAUUGCUUACUUUAGUUUAACCUGCAUUGUAAAUAUGGCAGCAUAACAGGUGAUUUAUUUUUUUUUUAUUUUAUUUUUUUUAAAUAAAUGUAAUCAGAUUAUUUUAAGGAAUCUUGUUACUUUGCUGAUGAAGAUAAUUAGCCUGCUCACAUUAUUUCUUUCUGUAAAGCUCCUAUCCCUAACAAUCAAAACAACUUGCAUUAUUGAUGUGUUCUGAACUUGUACUGUGGACCCGGUGGAAACAUCCUAUGAGCAAAUAAAACUAUAAAAUUGAAUUCUGCAAACACA